UAAAAGAACUCAACCUUCGAAAAGCCAUUAUCAUCUCUUCCCGCCUCGCUUUGGCUUUCCGCCUUCCCCCAUGGCAGCAAACAGACUCAAAGUAGAGGAGCUCCGUGUCCAGCUCGCCCAGCGGGGGCUCGACACCACCGGAACCAAGCCCACGCUGGCUCGAAGAUUAGAAUCAGCUCUUUGCAAAGAAAAUGUGUCAUUGACGGAAACGACCGAUUUAUCAGCUGGUCGAAAGAGGCCGAGGGAGUCUGAAAACGCGGAUUCAGAUGGGCUUGCGAAGGUUAAGUUCAUUGAGAAUCUUCAAGAGAUGGGUGUUCGCCAAUUGAGGGAACAAGCUAAGCUUCGAGGUGUUUCGGCAAGUGGGUCCAAGAAAGAACUCUUACAGAGGCUUUCAGAACACGUAGAUAAGGAUUCCGAAGAGGCUUCUAAAGAUAAAGUAGACGAGGACAAAAAGGAGAAGUUGGUUACCGCUACGAAGAAGGGCAAUGCAGUCUUGGAUCAAUGGCUCUCGGAUCAAAUAAAGGCACAAUACCAUGUAUUGCAAGUUGGAGACGACAUAUAUGAUGCCAUGUUGAACCAGACUAAUGUCAAGGAGAAUAAUAACAAGUUCUAUGUUAUUCAAGUGCUUGAAUCUGAUGAUGGUGGUACGUACAUGGUAUACAAUAGAUGGGGUAGAGUUGGAGUAAAAGGUCAGGACAAAUUACAUGGUCCUUACACAUUGAGGGAGAGUGCAAUCCAGGAAUUUCAGAUGAAGUUCUUAGCCAAGACGAAAAAUGAAUGGUCUAAUCGCAAACAGUUCAUUUCUUACCCAAAUUGCUAUACUUGGUUGGAAAUGGACUACAGUGAAACAGAAAAGGAAUCAACUGUUCCAGGCAAGCCAGUUGACUCCAUAACAGGGAUUCAACCUCGGGAGACACAACUUGAGCCCUGCAUUGCCAAAUUUAUCUCUCUUAUUUGCAAUAUAAGUAUGAUGAAACAGCAAAUGUUGGAAAUAGGAUACAAUGCUGAGAAGCUGCCACUUGGCAAGUUAAGCAAGUCUACAAUUUUGAAGGGUUAUGAUGUCUUGAAAAGGAUUGCUGAUGUGAUUGGCCAAUCUGAUAGGAAGAAACUUGAGCUAUUAAGUGGGGAAUUCUAUACUGUUAUUCCUCAUGACUUUGGUUUCAAAAAAAUGAGUGAAUUUGUAAUCGACACUCCUCAAAAAUUGAAAAGAAAGUUGGAGAUGGUUGAAGCCCUGGGUGAGAUUGAGGUUGCAAGCAAGCUGUUGAAGGAUGAUCUUGAGAUGCAGGAGGAUCCCUUGCAUUCUCAUUAUCAGUGUCUUCAUUGUGAACUAAUGCCACUUGAUGUUGAUUCCGAGGAAUUCUAUAUGAUUAACAAAUAUAUGAUGAACACUCAUGCAAAAACACAUUCAAACUAUACUGUUGAUAUUGUUCAAAUAUUUAGAGUUUCCAAAGAAGGAGAAGAAGAACGCUUCAGAAAGUUCUCUGCUGCAAAAAAUAGGAUGCUUUUAUGGCAUGGCUCUAGACUAACGAAUUGGACUGGUAUUCUAUCACAAGGGUUACGGAUUGCUCCUCCAGAGGCACCUGCAACAGGAUAUAUGUUUGGGAAAGGGGUUUAUUUUGCUGAUAUGUUCUCAAAAAGUGCAAAUUAUUGCUAUGCAACUCAUGCAUCCAGGGCUGGGGUGCUGCUUUUAUGUGAGGUGGCACUGGGUGAUAUGGCUGAGCUUUUAACUGCAAAUUACCAUGCUGAUCAGUUGCCAGAGGGAAAGUUAAGCACAAAAGGAAUUGGCGAAACGGCACCGGAUUCUUCAGACUUCCUAAAGCUUGAAGACGAUGUUGUUGUUCCGCUUGGGAAACCAAAGAAGCAACCUGGGCCCAAGGGUAGUUUAUUGUACAAUGAAUAUAUAGUAUACAAUGUGGAGCAGAUCCGAAUGAGAUACGUUGUUCAAGUAAAUUUCAAUUUUAAAAUGUAAGACUCAGGCAGCAACACUGUGUUCCAUUUCUUAGCAGAAGCAUACCUGUGAAUUCUUGGUUUUCUUUUUGCCAUGUCAGAUGGCCUUGUAUUUAACUUUGUUUGGUUCAAGACGUCCGCCUCCCAAGUUGUAUUGUAUAUGCUAUGGUUAUUACUUAAAGGAAGUAAAAAAAAAAAUGGUUCUAUGUGCA